GCCGCCUCCCUCCCCGCCCCGCACCACGCCGCCCGCGCCGCGCCGCCGCCUCUGACUCCGCCUCGGCCGCCUCGGAUCCGGACCGAGCGCCGGCGAUGGCGCUCGCCUUCGACGAGUUCGGGCGCCCCUUCAUCAUCCUGCGGGAGCAGGAGAAGCAGACGCGACUGCGGGGGCUCGACGUGCAGAAGGUUAAGACGUGCCCAUGUGAUUUUGCUGCGGUGCAGGGUUGCUACCCGGGCCGGCCAGGCGGGAGGAGCAGAUGGGGGUGUACCUCAGCACGCCCAAGACGGACAAGCUCUCCGCCGAUGGGGAGAACAGCCGCGUCCGCUUCGGCCUCUCGUCCAUGCAGGGUGGCGGACCACCAUGGAGGACGCGCAUGCUGCGUUCCCAGACCUUGAUGACUGCACAUCCUUUUUUGGUGUUUAUGAUGGCCAUGGUGAGAAGGAAGAACCAAACCGCUACAGAUCUGCAUCUCCUCCCCUGUCGCUGCGCCCUGGCUGCUGCUUGCUUCCCAGGGAGCACGACAGCCAAGGGCCGAGAAACUUCGCCAGCCAUCGGAUGUGAGAAGCGGACAGCGAUCGAGGAUCGCUACCGCAUCAGACGGACUAUGUCCAAUGUUACUCCUUUUAGUAAAUGUUUAGCUAGUACUCUCAGUUCUGUGGUUGUGCAAAGAGUUUGUUAUGUUGAUGCCAAAUAUUUAGAGAAGAUUUGGGUAGAUGGGUGCCAAAAGUCUGCGUGACUUUGUGUACUUUGUUGUUAUGUUGAUGCAACACUAGGACAUAUUUGUAUUUAGUGGAUUCAUGUUGGACUACUAUUAAUAUAUAUAAUCGUGUGUAUUAGGUCA